AUGCGGAUUCAAGCGCUAAUCGAAAGUAAUUACUUUGCAAAGUUUAAUAUCCACGUCGUCAAUUCCUUUCAAAGGAAUAAUCGCAAAGCACUGAAGCCCCUGUUACAGAACCUGGCUGGUCACUCAGGUUCUCUGAUCCCUGAAGACCCACCCCGAAUACGACGAGCGCUGGUUCAGGCCACAGCUGACCCGGGCACAUUGGCUCGGGCAAGCACCUCAGAGGGAGCAGAAGCCCGGCGGCCGCCCAGGCUCAGCAGCCGCCCCGAGCGCUCUGACAAUUCACCGACCUGCUCAGCGACUGAGGCAGAUCGCCUGGCUGAGCCGACCGGGCUCCUGAGGGAGGCGGGGGCCCCGGGCGGCCGCGGGUGGUGCCGAGCACCCGGUUCCGCCCCGCCGCCGCUGUCCAAUCGCCCGCGGCGGAGGGCUGGCUGGGAGAAGCGCCGGCGGCCGGCAAGUUGGCUGCGGUGGGGAACCCGGGCUGCGGGCGGGGGGUGUCGGGGCGGCUGCGGCGCGACCCCGGCGCUGCCGGAGGGAAGUGGCGGCCUGGACAAGCCCGUGAGUGAGAGAGGCCUGGGGCUGCCCAGAGCCCCCGGAGCCGCCGUGUCCCGUGGGCGAGAAGCCCAACAGCAGCGCCGGCCGAGACGGGGUGGACAACGCCCACACCUGGCGCCCGCAGGAGGCGCGGAGCUGGGCGGCCCUACAGGAGCCCCCGCAGUCGGAAGAAACCGAGACCCAAAGAGGGUGAGUCCCGAGCCAGAUCACCCAGCACCGGUGGAGGCCCGGGCCCGGAAUUGGGAGCCCCGAGCUCUCCGGAUAGGUUCUGAUUGCGGUCUGGUGGUGAUCCCCGAAAGAAACCUCGGACUCCGCACACCUCCGGAAAGUUCCUUGCACGCCCGCUCCUCCCCCCUGCUCUCUACACCCCCGGCAGCGGGGACCGUGCUUCCCGACCCCAGGCGCCCCGGGCACUUUCGCAGAGCCAGGGGGCGAGAGGGCGGCUCGGGCGCUCGACGACGCCGGAAACCGCCAGACCCUUCCUCCGGUCGGGCUGCCCUGCGGGGUGGCAUCGCAGCAGUGGGAACUCCUGCUGCUGUCCUUUGGGUCCGCCAGAGAGGCCAGGACAGUCCAUCUUCGCGGGCAGGAAUGCCACAGAGCGAGCCAGUCUGUCCCCCUGCACGUUCUCGCCCCCUUCGCGUUCGGAAGCCCCUGGACCGAGCUCAGAGACCUGCGGAGCGGCGGGCGUGGGGGUAGCCUGAGCUCGCUGGGUCACUCGCGGCGGAGUAGCCCCGGAAGAAGGCUUUGUGGGCUCUGCCCUUCCCGGCGGCCGGGUCAGAGCUGCUCUUUUUGUCAGCGGAUGAGCCCUUCGGCGGGUUUUAAGCCCUUACCUUGGUUGCAGCGCACAUACCUACGUAGCUGUGGGUGUAAAGAGCCAAAAAACGAAGGGCUGGGUGUCUCUUUCCAGGCUGAGACCUAGAAUGGUAGCAAGCCCUACAUGUCAUUGGCUUAUUCUUCAAAGCACACCUGGGGAAUGCAUCCAUGCUGUUAUCCUCUGUUCAUAGCUGAGGCAACUGAAACUGAAAAGAAACUGGAGCCUUUCACCACAAUUACCAAACCCACACCUGGUCCAGGAGUCAGAGCAGCUUAGCGAGGAUCUACAGAAGAUGGAGCAGUUGGAUGUUCCACUGCUGCUUCACACCAAUGAGGGGAGCUGGCAGAAAGACACAACCCAAGGAAUGUAAAAAGACUAUAAAAAGAUCAUUUGUGUGUUAUCAUCAGAAACUUCUCGACUAUAUUCAUGAAGCUGAGGAGUUUUAACUGAAAAUGAUACAAGUGGGAGUGAAUGAAGGGGACAUGGAUGAGUCACUAUUCACAUUUUGGCGGUUUAUCCUGGAAAAACCAGUUCUUCCAUUCUAAGGAUAAGAGAAAAAUUUCCAGAUUAAUUAAGAAAUUUAGUAGCUCAAAUGAAGACUAUCAAAUGUGAGCAUUCAGAUUAAAUCAUAUUAUCUGUAGAAUAAAGGGAAGAACUUGGGGUGAGGGAUCUAAUUUUCCUAGUCAGAUUCAAAGGGAUCCUAUAUUAAUUUUUUUUAAGUGCAGACUUCCACAAAAAUGUAGUCAUGGGAAACAAUAAAUAAAGGAGAAUAACUAAGGGACAUUCUUUCAGAAUGUAGUGCAUAAACUCCAAGAGUUGGGAAUUCAAGAGAAAAGUCAAGAGGCAGAAAAGAUCGAAGCAAGAGAAGCAAUACUGUUAUUAUAGGAGUUCCAGAAGGAUAAAAUAGUAUGGAUGAAUGCAAAGCAAUAAUCAAAGAAACAAAAGAAGACAAUUUCUCUGAGUUGAAGUGUUCCAUCUUUACGUGGAGAAGGCUUACCAAAAACUGGGCAGGUACCAUGAAAAGGAAUCAUACUCAGAUGGUUUUCUAUGUCCUGGAUAAAGAAUAAAUUCUGGAACAGCCAACUGGAAAAAAAAGGUCACCAAAAAGAAAAAAGUUUGAAUGACAUUAGACUUCUGUUUUGCAACACUGGUGCUAGAAAAACUCAGAGGAAAUGUAUAGACUUCUGAAUAAAAAGCAUUAUCUUCCAAAAAUUA